UCACGAACAGCUCCGGGACAGAGUUUUUUCCCGUACUUAAAGAAAAACUCGGAGUUCCCCCCCUCGCUCUGCUCCGCCGCCACAAUCUCGAGUGACUCAUCACCGGCAAUCUCGAAGCCGGCGAAGGGAGGCGCCGCAGCGCUCCUCAUCCCUCUGCCCUCUACUGGCACUGGACCGGCGCGGAGGUUGUUUCUUGGGUCGAUUUUGUCUUCCCCUGGUGAUUAUCUGUGGCAUGGCAAGGAAGCCUUCAGCUUCUCUCGCCUUGUAUUUUCGUAAAUGAUGUCCAUCCUUCUGAAGGGCACAAUUAUUCAAAAAUUAUCCAAGUGGUCAUGGAGAAGUGAAUCAGCACUUUCGACAAAUCUACUUGCUGAAAUUCCGCCUGAGAUAGAGUUAUCCGACUACCAGAGAUUACUGAGCUCUGAUUGUGAGAGCCCAACAGGACUAAUCCAUGGGGAAGACUUAAAGGCUGAGCUAAUUCUUGACUUGGACAUUUUCUUUGAGAGACUUUAUGAAUAUUUCUGUGCAAAGGGUUUAAGAUGCAUCAUCACCAAGUGGAUAAUUGAGAUCCUUAAUGUUAUCUUUAUGGUAUGUGCUAUUGGUUUUUUCUUCUUGUUUGUUGAUUGGGGUGCCCUCAGCCAUUUGAAAUGUGGAGUAGAAGCACUUGAGUUAGGGGAGAAACCAUGUGAUCCGAUGAAAGUCAUUAAGAAUGACCCAUUAGUUCCGUUCACAUUUGUGAAGAUGAUCACUAUUGGAUCGAUGGCUAUAUUAACGACUUAUGGAAUUAUUAUCUUUAUGAAGUUCUUUGUAAAAUUGAGAAGCACAAUCAGUGUUCGUGACUUCUACUAUAACAGCCUCAAAGUCACUGAUCUGGAGAUUCAAACUAUAUCAUGGCCCAAAGUAGUUGAGAAGGUUGUCCUUCUCCAGAAGUCACAACAACUUUGUGUUGUUAAGGAUCUUUCGGAACAUGAUAUCAUCAUGAGAAUAAUGCGGAAAGAGAACUAUUUGAUUGGGAUGGUUAAUAAAGGCAUCAUUGCAUUCCCGUUUCCCUGUUGGCUGCCUGGAGUUGGUCCAACUGUUAGUUCUCGUAUCCAUGCAAGGAAAAGCUAUCUGAUGCUUCCAAAGACCCUAGAGUGGACAUUAAAUUGGUGCAUCUUCCAGAGCAUGUUCGAUAGUAAAUUUUGUGUCAGAAAAGAUUUUUUAACAAGCCCAUCCAUCUUGAAAAAGCGACUUGUAUUUUUGGGUAUUGCAAUGUUUUUUCUGUCACCCUGCCUUGUCAUCUUCCCACUGGUAUACAUGUUUUUGAGACAUGCUGAAGAAUUCUACAAUCACCCCAGUACAGCAUCAUCUCGAAGAUGGUCAAAUUUAUCAAGGUGGAUUUUGCGGGAGUACAAUGAGGUUGAGCAUUUCUUCAGACAUAGGAUGAACAACUGCACUGUUCAGUCAGUGAAUUAUUUAAAGCAGUUUCCAACUCCAUUAAUAUCUAUUAUUGCAAAAUUUAUAUCAUUUGUAUCUGGUGGCUUGGCUGGAAUUCUUCUCAUUCUUGGAGUCCUUGGUGAAUCUAUCCUUGAGGGUCAUGUUUUUGGCCGAAAUCUUUUCUGGUAUACUGUUGUUUUCGGAACCAUAGCAGCUGUAAGUCGAAAAGUUGUGGCAGAUGAGCUUCAAGUGAUUGACCCAGAAGGAGCCAUGUCUCUUGUUGUUCAACAGACACAUUACAUGCCGAAGAGGUGGCGUGGUAAAGAGAGCAGUGAACUUGUGCGGAAAGAGUUUGAAAUGCUGUUUCAGUAUACCAUAACAGUGCUUUUGGAAGAAAUGGCCUCUAUUUUCGUCACUCCUUACUUGCUAAUAUUUGUGAUACCAAAGCGUGCCAAUGAUAUUCUGCGCUUCAUUUCGGAGUUCACAGUUUACGUAGAUGGAGUGGGAGAUGUAUGCAGUUUAAGCUUGUUUGACUUCCGAAGACAUGGAAAUAGAAACUAUGGUUCACCACUUGAUGCAGCAAGGGACGUGAGGAGCUCCCAAGGGAAAAUGGAGAAAUCGUUAUUGAGUUUUCAAAGCACCUAUACAUCAUGGGAGCCAAAUCCAGAUGGCAAGCGGUUUUUGUGCAACCUUCAGAGAUUCAAGGAAAAGCAAAUCCGUAAAUAUACUUUUCAAGCAAUGGAAGAUUCACAACUUGGGUCAAGUAUGAGACGUCAAAGUAGCAAUAUUUUCCAUCAGCUGCUCCCCAGGGAUAUUCAUCCUGGCAAUGGGAUUAUUUAUAACUAUAGUCCUUUCGGACUGCUUGACACAGAUCAAAGAGCUUAUCCAUAUAUCCUGGACUGGUAUUACACAUGUUACUCAGAACACUCGGAUAGGGAGGCCGGAUUAUCUUCCCACCAUGAUGAAACAUCCCCUGAGCCAAGGGAUGAUAUAUGGCCACCUCUGAGCAAAUCAUUAACAGAGAUUGAAGAGGAGCAAAUCUGGGAUUUUAAUUUGUUUGAAAGAGCUCGAAGCCACUUGGAGGCAUCAACAUCAAGUGCAUUCUUUCAGCGUGCCGCCUUCAAGGGCCAGGGCAGGGAACAAAAUUCUACAAGCCGCCAUUGGUGGGCCCAGGUAUCUACACGGCCAACUGAUCCACGUGACAGUUUUAUUGAGCCUCCAGACUUUGCAAAUCACUACACAUCUGGUCAUUAUUCCAGCCAGCACAGCGAUGGGGCGCUGAACUCUGCACAUCCUACUGGUCCACGAGACAGCUUCCUUGAGCCUCCGAACUUUGGAAACCAUUAUGUAUCUGACUGUCAUUCCAGCCAUCGCAGCAGUGACGCGUCGGAAGGACACAUAGAGCUCAAUCAGAGCGAUACCAGAAGCCACAGUAGUUGGAGAAGCCCCCAGGCCCUGUCCAAGACAAGGUACAUCGGUGAUGACCUUGACCUAGAGAAAUGCCUGAGUUUCCAUUUUGGUGAUGUCCCCAAGGAUGACAAAAAUGAAGACGAAGAUGAUGGUCAUGGCGUAGUCGAUGUUUGUAGCUCUAUGCCGGGCAGCCUUCAAGUACGGAUUAUACCUAGAAGCAGUGACCCUAUAUAGUAUGAAAAAAAAACACAUAAAAAAGGGACAAUUCCUCUUAUGCUAGUGAAAAUUCAUCAAUUCCCUUAUAUGCUACUCUAUAUCAUUGACACAUCAAGGGAAUUCAUGAAUUCUCAGUGCCAAGUGGUACUUGUCCAGGGACACCACCAGUGAUCUCAAUUACAUUAGAAACAAAGGAUGCAUAUGUUAGUUUAUAGUGAUCUGGCAAAGGCCAACAAAUUAUUUUGUACAGAUGAAUUACUUACCUGAUAGAUAGUCUUGUUCUCCCCUUGGUAAGAGAAUGAGGGGAUACCAUUCUUUUUUAUAGCA